AUGUCCUCUCUCUCUGCAAUUUCGUCGAACCUCAUGAAAAGAACCAUCCCAUUUUGUUCACUCAGCUCAGCCCCUGCAAAAGCUCCACCACCCUUGUUGCUUUCCUACAAUCCAAUCUUACACAAAAGUCCGAUGCGUCUCUCGGCACGGUUGGUGGUCAAUGACCCCGGCGAGAGCGGCCCCCUGGAAGUGCCACAAGUUCCUUCUACUCCAGAGAUCGACCCCGGUGGUACUCCAGCUGAAGUGAACACUAACCCUCCACCGUUUGCUACUCCAGAGCCAAAACCGGGACCGGAAUUCCCUACGCCGCCGGUGCCGCCACAGCCGGACACGGGACCGGAACUCCCGAAACCGAGUAUACCGCCACGUCCGGACCCCGAAAUCCCGCAUCCGAAACCGUAUGUGGUGCUGCCGGAUCCACCUGAUUAUGUGCCACCGGGGCCGGAGUGGCCGGAUUAUUUUCCUCAGCCACCGCAUAUCAGUCCCCCGACUUGGCCAGACGUGUAG